UCCAAAAACAAAAAUUUGCUUCUUAUAAACACAAAUAUUUAAUUAAGUUUACAUUGAUUAAAAUUAAUAAUUCUUCACCCAACUAUUAAAAAAAUGUACCUAAACAAUUUAAAUUAAAUAAAAGUAUUUCUAAACAAUGAGUGAAAAAUUGAAAGAAGUCCGUGAGAGAUCUCAGAAGAGAAAGAAAUUGCUCGCUCAAACGCUGGGUGUGUCAAGUGUUAGUGAAUUGAGGCAGGCUUUGGGUGCUGCAAUAGAUGUACCUCCCAAACGGCAGGCGGCUUCAGAAACCGGUACUGACGGAAGUGAUAAACCCGCCGCGAAAGAUCAACCCGAUGAAUUAGUUUAUACCGACUCUUCUACAUUCUUGAAGGGUACACAGUCCUCAAAUCCUCAUAAUGAUUACUGCCAGCACUUUGUGGACACCGGACAGAGGCCGCAGAACUUUAUCAGGGAUGUGGGUCUUGCAGACAGAUUCGAGGAGUACCCUAAACUGAGGGAGCUCAUCAAAUUGAAGGAUGACCUCAUUGCCCAGACAGCUGCCCCACCUAUGUAUUUGAAAUGUGAUCUGAAGACAUUUGACCUGAAGCAAAUGGGUAACAAGUUCGAUGUGAUACUGGUGGAGCCGCCGCUAGGCGCCGGCUGGCGCUGGCAGGAUGUACUGGCUCUCGACCUACAGCAGAUAGCGCAGGCCAGGUCCUUCAUAUUCCUCUGGUGCGGCAGCUCCGAAGGUUUAGACAUGGGCCGUGAAUGCCUCAAGAAAUGGGGAUUCCGACGUUGCGAGGACAUCUGCUGGAUCAAAACCAACAUAAAGAAUCCUGGACACUCGAAAAACUUGGAACACAAUGCAGUCUUCCAAAGGACCAAGGAGCACUGUUUGAUGGGAAUCAAGGGCACCGUCCGAAGGUCUGUCGAUGGUGACUUUAUUCACGCAAAUGUGGAUAUUGAUCUAAUAAUAUCAGAGGACCCCGAAUUUGGUAGUACUGAGAAGCCUAUUGAGAUAUUCCAUAUUAUGGAGCACUUCUGUUUGGGGCGAAGAAGAAUACAUCUCUUCGGACGAGACUCCACCAUUAGACCUGGCUGGGUGACCAUCGGGCACGAAUUGACAAACUCGAACUUCAAUGCAGAGCUAUACGCAUCCAACUUCACUGAAGGCAGGGAGAGCACUGGUUGCACGGAGCGAAUAGAAGCAUUGAGACCUAAGAGUCCGCCCAACACCAACAAAGGGGCUAGACCCAGAGGAAGAGGCGGGUUUAGAGGCAGGGGUAGAGGAAGAGCAGCGAUAUAGUAACAUACGUGCAUAAAGGAAUGAAUAGUAAUGUGAACUAAUUACUCCAUCGCUAGCAAUGUACCUACCAAGUCAGGUUGACCUUCAUGCGGUUCCUCUAAAAACCAGUGAUAAAUUCCUGGUGAAUUUUUCACGAUGGUCCAACUGACCUAACAUCGUGCUCAUCCUAUCAUCCUCUACUGGUACCUCGCCAACAUGAACCAUAAUCGCAAACGGGCACACCAUUCCAUCAUCAUUCAUUAAAAUAUAUAUAUAUAUAUACAUAUGUACAUACAAACUACUAAGGUAGUCUUUGUACAAUCUUACCCAUAAUACCAUGUAUAAUCUCACAUUGUAAGAAGCCCUUGAUGUUAACUGAGAUCACUUGAAUGUGGUUUUAGAUUUGGGUUGACAUUGUGUUGAGAGAAUUGGCUAGGCUAGACCAUGUCUAGGAGUUAUCGCCUCUGGAAGGCUCCUAUUUUUCACCCAAGUUUAUUCAACCAGCCAAACACCUGCGGGCAGGUGUUAGGUUGGU